CGCUUACGUAACAACAUUUUACAGACCUUUCCCUACACUUUUUCUGUCACUGGAGCUGCUGCGGGUGAAGGUCGAUGGUCUGUUGUGUGGUCAAGAAGAUGUUAAGAAUCCUUGAAAUGUUAUUAGAUGAGGAUUGAUGCCUGGUAAACUGUUCCCUGCUGGUAGUAUUGUAUCCACAGAAAUGGGCUUAGUAAGGUUAGGAAAUGUUAUUCAGUGCCACCCAGGAAUCGGCUUCAUGCAAAGAGCAGCAAUGUUUGCAAACUUGAAGCAACGCAGUCAUUCAACACAAACAGUUACGAAAGAUGACCUGUCAUAUGUCCCAGCCAGUCCACCUUUUAGCCAAGAAAAUAUCAACCAAUUACAGGACUUUGUUGACAAAUCAAAGAAGCUUUUUGUCCUUACUGGCGCAGGUUUAUCAACAGAAUCUGGCAUUCCGGACUACCGCUCAGAGGGUGUAGGACUCUAUGCACGGACUAAUCACAGACCCAUGCAGUAUAAUCACUUUCUUCAAAGUGCAGAAAGACGACGGCAGUACUGGGCUCGAAAUUUUGUCGGUUGGAGGAAGUACAAGUCAUUUGUUCCCAAUUUAUCUCACACAGCUUUGAGUAGUUGGGAAAAAAUGUGUAAAAUUAAUUGGCUAGCCACUCAAAAUGUAGAUGGACUACACUUGAAAGCAGGUAGUGAAAGGGUGACGGAGCUACAUGGUAGUCUUCACAGGGUCAAAUGUUUAUCAUGCUUUAACGUCAUCAGCAGGAAUAGUCUACAGAAACAGCUGAUAAAACUGAACCCUAAUUUUGUAAUAAAGCAAGAGACUAUGGCAGGGCCUGACGGAGAUGUUCUACUUUCUCUAGAAGAUAUGAAGAACUUUGUUGUACCAGAAUGUGAAGAGUGUGGAGGUAUUCUUAAACCAAAUAUUGUUUUCUUUGGGGACAAUGUUCAGAAGACAACAGUGGCAUUCUUAAAAGAUCGUGUGAGAGAUGCUGAUGGAUUCCUGGUUGUAGGAUCAUCUUUACAGGUUUACUCAGGAUAUCGUUUUGCCCUAGAAGCAGCUGAAUGGAAGAAACCCAUAGCAAUUAUCAACAUUGGACCAACCAGAGCUGACCAUCUUGCAACACUAAAAAUUAAUGCUAAAUUGGGUGACAUACUUCCUGAAGUAGUUGUUUCAUAACAUUUAAUACUUUUAAAAUAUUGUUUUACAUUUUCAUAAUUAAAUUAUAACAUUUAAAUAUAAUUAAUUAGGCCUAAAAGAAUUAUUUGUGCAUAAUAAUUUAAGUGCAUUAAAAUUACAAUCAGGUAUAUUGUUAUUUUAGAAAGGCCUAGAUUAAUUUAAAUGAUGAUAAUAAGUGGCUAUGUCGUGCAAUGUAUUUAAUGGCCGGUCAAUUAGUAACCACUUGGCCAAAAUUCAUGGGUAAGCUAUAAAGUAUUAACAUUUUUAAACAUCAGGUGUCUCCAUAGGAAGGAUUGUCCUCCCCCCACCCCCGACAAUGAAUGUAAUAACAGAUUAUUUUAGUACAAGUUUUUUGUAAAUACUGUAUAUUUAAUAAAAGAUUGAUUGUUUUUACCAUA